UGUGACGUAGUACAAAAUCAUGGUACAAAACGUUUAAUAUGUGUUUUUAUACAUCAUAGAGAAACUAAAAUAAUUAUUAUUGUAGUUAUCCAGUUUAUUAUUUUAUGGGAUACAUUUCUCUGCUUUUAAGUGAAUAGUGAAUCGUAGAGGAACUGAAAUAAAUUAUUUUAUAUUUCUCUAUGUAGUGAAUGCAAAAGUGAAUGUGAAUUGUGAUAUGGACUGAUAUGGAUAUUGUGUCAUGUCAGAAUUAAAAGGCUUUUAAAACGAUUGAUUUUUUGAAACAUACGGAUAAAAACACUGGUAUGGUGUAGUAAUUAAAGACGAUGUUUAGCAAAUAUACUUUUUAAUUCGUACAGUAAUCAAUUAAUUUCGAUAUGGACCCAAGAUUAAAAGUAGUACUUUGGAAAAGUUUUCUUAUCAGAAAACGCCAUUGGUUCCUGUUAAUAUGCGAGGCAGUUCUACCAGUAUUAUUAUUCUUUAUGAUCGCCUAUGGCAGGAGUAAAAUUAGCGGUCUCAAUAAAGUCGAGGUGACUGAUGUUACGCAUAAUUAUAAGGAACCACUCAAUUAUUAUGCAUCCGGAAUGAAUCUGGGAGAGACCCAUAUUUACUAUAGCCCUUCAGAUUCUUUUUUCGGUGACAUAGUUCAUUCCGUCCAAGAGAAAUUCUCUAUUAUUAAUAACCAAGUAAGAGGUUUUCCCGAUAAAGAAUCUCUUCUGAGGGCUUACAGUAUAGAAGGCAAUAAUGAAACAUUAAUUGCCAUAAUAUUCAAUUCGCCAAAAAAUUCAACUAAACUAGACUACACUUUGAGAUAUCACGAACAGUCUUUAACAUGGGAGACUGAAAAAUUAUACAAGAAACCCUUUAAUUUUGUUCCCGGAGUUGGUAGCGGAUAUCAACAUAAGGGAUUCUUGGCUCUACAAAUGGCCAUUGAUUUUUCUUUUAUUGAAAAAAUGGGGCAUAGUAAUACCGAAAAUAUAUUAAUAGAAAUGUUAGAGUUCCCCUACCCUCCUCACAAAUCGGAUGUGGGAUUUUCAAGUUUAUUUUUCAAUUACCUACCUUUAAUCACAAUGUUCAGUUUCAUAUUUAUUUGUCCUGCGGUGUUGAAGAGGGUAGUUGAAGAAAAAUAUUCUGGAAUAAAGGAAUUGAUGAAAAUGGUCGGUAUGAGAAGCUGGAUGUUAUGGCUGGGUUGGUUCAUAUACAGCAUAGUGCCUAUGCUAAUUUCAGUCUUACUGAUUACAUUUUUCCUAAAAGUGCCUCUUUUUGGAUCUGCCGAGGCGGUGAUUUCGCAUACAGCCUGUUCGAUUAUUGUUUUUUAUUUAGUUCUGUAUAUUAUAGCUAUUACAGCACUGUCGUUCUUUUUGAGCACCCUCUUUAAUAAACCGAGCUUAGCUGUAUUAGUCGGAUUACUGGUAUGGAUAUUAUCCUUCUUCGUACCAACGUAUAUCCAAGACGCCACGGAUAAAAGAGAGAGCUUUUCAACAACAAUGCUCUUAAUGCUGUUACCAAACAUGGCGCUCCAUUACGGAUACUCUGCUAUGGCACUCUAUGAAGAAAGAGAGAUCGGUCUUCAUUGGAAUAACUGGCAUUUGCCGGCCGAUGGGGGAUCGAAUAGUGCUACAAUGUUACACGUUUGUCUCAUGUUGGUAGUGGACGUGUUUCUCUAUAUGAUUUUAACUUUUUAUGUGGACGCCGUUAACCCUGGAAAAUAUGGAAUUAGAAGAUCAUAUUUGUUCCCGUUUGACAGUUUAAUAAAAUUGCUGAAAAAGAGGACUUCUACUGAAGUAGGUUCUAACGAGAGCCACAGAUUAGAGGUACUUGAGAAAGGCGAGAAUCUGGAUAAAGGCAUCGAGUUGAUUAACCUGAGCAAGAAGUACGGAAAAAAGACCGUUGUUAACAAUUUGUCUCUGGACAUUUAUAAAAAUCAAAUAACGGUACUGUUAGGCCAUAAUGGUGCGGGUAAAUCAACAACGAUGGGAAUGAUAACAGGAAUGAUAAGCAAAAAUAGCGGCAAAAUUAUAAUAAAUGGGAAGGAAGUCCGUUCAAGGUCGGAUAUUACAAAAAAGAUUGGAUUAUGCACGCAACACAAUUUGUUUUUCCCAGAUCUGACAGUCGGAGAACAUCUGAAAUUUUUCGCUAUGUUAAAGGGUAAAACGUGCCAGGAAGCUGACAAGGAAGUAAAAGAAAAACUGGAGAAAUUAUCUUUGACCAAUAAAGAGAAUAGUUUGGCCGAUAAAUUAUCAGGUGGUAUGAAAAGAAAGCUUUGUCUUGGAAUGGCCGUUAUUGGGGGAUCAGAGAUCUUAAUUCUGGACGAACCUUCUUCUGGUAUGGAUCCCGAAUCGCGUAGGUAUCUCUGGGAUUUGCUGCUGGAUAUGGCAUCCGAAAAGACCAUUUUGAUCACUACGCAUUUUAUGGACGAGGCCGACGCUUUGGGCAACUGGAUCGCCAUAAUGGAAGAAGGACGCCUUCGUUGUUUCGGCACACCCAUGGUUCUGAAAAAGAGAUACGGCACAGGAUAUAACUUGAGACUUCUUAUCAAACAAGACAAAAUCAUGAAAGCAAAUGGAAUUAUAGAACUUGAAAUGAAAGGAAAGGAAAGCAAUGAAAUUGAAAUGAAAAAAAGUGAAAAGAAAAAAAUUAUAAUGGAACAAAUCGUUACAUAUUUAGAAAAUGUCAUCAAAAGUAAUCUCAUGCCCAACGAAACGGAACAUUUCAAAUGUAAAAGUAUUGACGGAGAAGAAGUGUCAUUUUUGCUACCGUUUACCAAUAAUUACAUCAAACUAUUUGAGUAUCUCGAAGAUCGCAAAGAACAACUUGAAAUAGAAUCUAUGUCCAUUACAGUUACAACCCUAGAAGAUGUUUUCCUAAACUCAAAUAAAGUAGAGAAACAUGAGAAGUCAGAUGUUCCAUCUAUAGAUAUAUUUAAACAUAAUAAAUCUGAAUAUCCAAAAGUGUUACCUCUAGGGGCAUUACUAUUCAAGCGAGGUAAAUUCAUUAUAAAAAAAUGGUUUACUUAUAUCAUUCCGUUUAUUAUCGCCGUCAUAUUUUUGUGCCUCUGUAUAUGGUUGGGACAAGGAUGGAAUAUAAACAGUACGAGCGGUGGACCUUCGUUAAAAUUGAAUCUCACUAGUUACGGACCGACUACCGUCUAUUUCAAUAGCAGUAACGAGCCGGACAUUCUAAAAAUGAAAAAAUUCUAUCGCCACUUGGUGGAUGCAGAACAAAGUACAUUUGUCGAUACAAAGGACGUGUCUGAAGCCAUAAUCACGGAGGGCAUACAAAAUUUACCAUUCUACAGACUUCACAUGGUCGCUGCCGCCGAGGUCAAACAAAACAAUAAAGAUAUCGAAGCGGUGGCUUUAUACAACAAUUUGGCCAAGCAUUCCGCCCCUAUUUCACUGAACUUGAUCACGAACACUCUGGCCAAAUCCUUCCUAGGCGAAGACUACUCGAUCUCUUUGACCAACCAUCCGCUGGACAGUAUCGGAGAGAACCGAAGGCAGAAGUUGUCCGAGGUGCAGAUCGGACUGCUCUGGCUCGUAAUCAUGCCCAUCGGUUUCCUGUUUCUCUUGGGCAGCUUCAUAUAUUUCCCUUACACGGAACUGUCGACCAAUUUCACACAGCUUCAAUUUAUGCGCGUAGCCCCUUGGGUCUAUUGGAUCACUUUGUACUCGAGUGAUUACUUGAUGUUUAUGGUAUUCGGAAUACUUAUCGCUUCGUUUACAAUGGCAUGGGAACCGUUCCAAGGAUUUAGCCAAUUUGGUUGGAUGUUGGAAAUACUCUUAUUAUACGGAUCAUCCGGCCUACCACACUGUUAUCUGUUCAGCAGAAGAAAGUCAUUUUCCGGCUCUUACGCCCUCUACAUUAUCCAAGGUAUAAUAUUAGGCGUGAUCCCGUGCAUAACAGUCAUGGCCUUGCUCGAAUCCGGCGAUUCCUAUUAUAAAGACAUCGGGCAAUCAUUGGAGAAACUCUUCUUGUUCCUGUUUCCCCAAUUUACUUUCACCUACCUUGGUGUUAACUUCUCUAAACAAGUCAUCGAAAACUACAACUUUGGUCAAAUGCUCCCCAUCGAAAAACUGAGCUGGUGCAAUGGGCAAAGGUACAACCCUUGUUGCGAAGCGGAAGAUUCAUCCUCCUGCGCCGCUCACCAAAGCUUCUCACCCUUUAUAAGAGCCCGUUGCUCCUUCGUGAUCUUUGGAGCUGUCUUCUAUUUAGUUAUCAACGUCUUAUUGCACAGCUACCGGGCGAGAAGGGCCUUUAAUUCCUUGAUGAACUUAUAUUAUGCUGUUCCUUUUUUAAAUAAGGGUAGUAAGUCAGAUAGUACGAAUAAUGAGUCAGAAAUAGAUUCCGUUCAGAUUGAUUCAAACACCAAGGACAAGUACAUGACGGUAAAAAAUUUAAAGAAGAAGUUUGGCGGAAGAUAUGUGGUAGAUGCAGUAAAUUUCACUUUGGAUAAAGGAGAGUGUAUGGGUUUCUUGGGUGUAAACGGAGCUGGAAAGACUACCACUUUCCGCAUCUUGACCGGGGACGAGAUUCAGGACAAGGGAAAAAUACAUACUGGACAUAAUGAGUACUUCAAGAACAUGGGUUACUGUCCACAAAACGAUGCAUUAAACUAUUCGUUAACUGGAAGAGAAAUCCUGAAGACAAUGGCCAUGUUGAGAGGAAUAAACGACAACGAAUUCGUUCAAAAAUAUCUCGAAUGUUUCGAGCUGGAUAAGAUAGCCGACACUCCUUGUGGAUUUUACAGUGGUGGAAAUAAAAGGAAAUUAAGUUUCGCAGUGGCCAUUAUUGGAAUUCCAGAUAUCAUUCUACUGGACGAACCUACUAAUGGCGUUGAUGCAGCUACGAGACGCAAAUUUUGGACUUUGAUCAAACGCAUCAAGGAAAGGAAAGAUGUAGCUUUUAUUUUAACGUCUCAUAGUAUGGACGAGUGUGAAGCUUUGUGCAACAAUGUAAACAUAAUGAAAAACGGUACUAUAAAAAGACAUGGUACCAUCUCCAAGCUUAAACAAGAAAUUGGUGGUUUUAGUAUAAAACUCAAACUAAAAACUGCCGCGGCUUCUGACGUAGAAACUUUGUCGAAAGAUGAUACGUCUGAGGGUGGUGACGAAGUUGAUGGAGUUUAUCAACCCAGCCUUGAGACUGUGACAGAUGUUAAUUCAUUAAAGGAAUACCUUAAUUCAAAAUAUGGGGGUGAAGUAAAAAGUCAACAACCCGGUUUGCUUCACUACUAUAUUAAAAACAAAUCGUCGAAAAAAUUAUCGACCCUCUUUAAGGAAUUUUACGAGAUUCAGCAGGAUAAGCCAGAACUUAUAGAGGAUUAUUACAUCACCGAUGCUUCGCUCGAAGACGUUUUCAUGGACGUAGCCAGUAACCAAGAUAGUAAAGCUUAAUUUGCACUUCACUAAACACGCUGGCACUAAUUUUAGCUGUUAAGCAGUCCCAAACCAACCACCGUGUAGAAUGGAGGAGAGAAAUACUAGACCAAAAUGAAAUUUUAAAAUCGAAAUAUGAGGUAGAAUACACCUUUUUAUAUUUACCUGAUACGGAAGCUUGUUCAAACUUAUUUCGUUUGUCCAAAUAGUUCUGAU